AUGAUGAUGUUCUCCUUCGGUAUCUGGUCAGCGAUACUGUCAUGCAUGGCUGUCGUUUCUGCGCAGUCUAAUUUCGACUCAAUUGGCACUAUUGUCAAUAGCCGUGUACCAGACAGUCUAUAUGGAUCAAACUAUACUUACCCUUGGCCGGUGAAGCUGUUCAACUUCUACAAUCAGCGCCAGAAUCUUACGAUGGCGUUUAUGGACAUACCAGCGCACAAGCAGCAUAAAGUUGAAAAGACAGCGGUCUUGCUGCACGGGGGAAAUUUCUGCGGUGUUACUUGGGCAGAUACAGCGCGCCACAUGGCCGCCGCUGGCUAUCGAGUAAUCCUGCCUGACGACAUCGGCUUCUGCAAGUCGAGUAAGCCCCAAGGCUACUCCUAUAAUGUACAUCAGCAAGCAGAGAAUAUCAACAGCUUGCUCGCAGCGCUAAAUAUCAAUCAAGUCACGGUAAUCGGCCAUUCGAUGGGUGGUAUGAUCGCUGCUCGUUACGGUCUCAUGUACCCGACCCAGGUUCAGCAGCUUAUCUUGGUUGAUCCCCUAGGUCUGGAGGACUGGGUAGCCAAAGGCGUACCCUAUCUUUCCAUUGACGCAACAUAUGAAAGUCAGGUCGUGCAGAACUUCACCACCCUCAAGGCGUAUGAAUUGGCCAGCUACUUCCACAAUGCGACUUGGAAACCCGAAUACGAUACUUGGGUCCAUAUGUUAGCCAACAUCUAUGCCAGUGAAUAUGGCUCUGAUUACGCAUAUGUGAUGGCCCUCGUCACUGACGCAUUACUAUCGCAGCCAAUAGUCUACCAGCUGCCUCUCUUGCAGACACGUACCUACCUAAUGGUAGGAGAGAACGACAUUACAGCUCUUGGCAAAGCUUGGUCAUCGUCCACCGUUGCUGCAAAGCUGGGUCACUAUAAUGAGCUUGGUCCUGCUGCCGCAGCCAUGAUACCGAAUUGCACGUUCCACAUGUUCCCCGGUCUUGGUCAUGCACCUUUCCUCCAGGAUCCCAAAGCAUUCUACGAUGUACUAUUUUCAUGGCUAGACUAG